CAACAAUAAGUAUAUACAUGGUGCGCUUUUAGACUUUGUUACGCAGCAUCUACACUCCAACAUCAAAGACUGCCGUUCAAGAUGCAAUUCACUAUCUCUCUUUUGGCUAUUGCCUCAGUUUCAGGCUUGGUAUCAGCAGCUCCAAAACUUGCUGCCCGCCAAACCACGUCUGUUAUUUACGCUUGCACCAACUCGACAUUUCCAGUUGGUGACCCAUGUCCUAACGGCAUCUCAAUGGGAAGUGGCUUCUGUGCAGCUCUGAACGUUGAACCAUUUCUCAGACAACUGGGCCUCGUUCCCUGAUGAUGCACCACUUGUCAACAACUUGACGUUUGUCGAAAUUCCCAAUAAUGGAGGUGUUUAUGGAUGCAAUAUCUACAUGUGAGUU